AAAAUAAAAUUUAUCAAACUAAAAUCAAACUAAAAAUAUGAGGUAAAUUAAGGUGCCUUUAGAAAGGUGAAAAACCCAAAGGGGCGGGCGGUCGAAGCAAAUUUGCAGACGAACAUCACCGUCCCGUCGGUAAAAAUGGAAGCUCGUCAUGCAUCUCUAGGUCGACGAACGCUUGAAGAAAUUCGUCAAAAGAGAGCUGCGGAAAGAUUGGUUAAAGCCUCUUCUGGACCAGAUCUCAGCCAGGUUCCGACCAUCCCCGAGAUGGCUGGGAUGAACAAAUCUGAUAGCGGAAAUAGACUCUCUGAGACAGAUGUUAGUUCUCUAUUAUCUCAAAUAAAAGAACUUCAAAAGAAGAACAAUGAGUUGGAUGAAGAAAAUAAGAAAACAAGUUUAAAGCUUCAAACGAUGGAAAUCGAUAAUGGUGCAAUGCACAAGAAAUUGAGUGAACUGGAGCAAAAUACGGUGCCAUCUCUCAGAAAAGCUCUCAGGGAUGUUGCAAUGGAGAAAGAUGCUGCAGUUGUUGCACGAGAGGACCUUUUAGCGCAGCUUCGUACCCUGAAGAAACGUCUUAAGGAAGCAGAAGAGGAGCAGUAUCGCGCGGAGGAGGAUGCAGCAGCAUUGAGAGCAGAAUUGAACUCAAUUCAGCAACAGUCAAUGACUAACACAGUUAGUACAAUUCCAUCUCUUGGUGGUCCACCAGACCACCAUCUUCAAAUAUUAGAAAAGGAGUUAGCUGGUUUAAAGUUGGAACUACAGCGCGAGUCACUGAUGAGGCACCAGGGGCAACAACAAUUAGCAAACGAGCAAAGCCGCAUUGCAUCACUGAUGUCUGAAAAGCAAGAGUUGGAAGAAAAACUAAACUCCAUGUCAAGAGAGGCUGCAGAAGUCUCAGAUAAAGCAACUCACAAGGCAUUCACUUUGGAAGACAAACAGAAACUUGAUAAGCAGUUGCAUGAUAUGGCGUUAGCCGUAGAGAGGUUGGAAAACAGUAGGCAGAAACUUCUAAUGGAGAUUGAUUCGCAAUCUACAGAAAUAGAGAGGCUUUUUGAGGAAAAUUCUAAUCUCUCAAAUUCAUAUCAAGAGGCAACUGGAGCAGCAACGAGAUGGGAAAACCAGGUGAUGGAGUGUCUUAAGCAAAACGAAGAGCUGCGUGGGCUCCUAGAAAAAUUGCGAGUGGAACAGGCUAAUGGCUUACCAGACUCCUCUAAGAAUGGGGUACAUGAGGUUGGUUCCUCGACAUCUACAGGAGAGGUGGCAUCUCUGAAGGGCCAACUUGUGAAGGAACUGGGCAGAGCAGAGGCACUAUCAGCAGAAGUCAUGCAGCUCUCUGCACAACUUGAACAAGUCAAACAAGCAUAUGAUGGUCUUGCUCGCUUUUAUAGGCCAGUGUUGCGCAACAUCGAAAGCGGUCUCAUAAAGAUGAAGCAAGACAGCUCAUUGGCUGUACAAUGACGGCAAUGAGCAGUUUCAUGAAUGAUACUCUGGUUGUGAUUGUGAAGUCCUUCAUUGAUGACAUGAAUUGCAACUGUAAAUGGUUUUUUUGUACUAUCCUUCAUAUCAGUUUGAUACAAACGAAGCAGGAUGGUUUAGUAAACUGGUGGUGGUGGAAAUCACAGUUCUGUUGGACUCGCAGCAUUAGAAACCCUGUUAUACAGUGACAUGAAUUUGUAUAAUGUAUCAUUCUUUAUACCAUAUUUAAUAUGUAAAAGACAAGCUAUCAGAUCAGGGUAUAUUUCAGUGAUAGUUUUGUAUAAACCACACUUAGAUUGAAAGAGUUGUAUCCUAGGGUGCAUAACAAAGUUGUUUUCUGAAUUUCUGUUGUUUGAUUUUUGAGGAAUUACCUUCUA